GAAAUACGCAUGCGCAAUCAGCGCGCAAAAGUGCAGCAAGGAAACGAAUGCACUUCCUCCCGCCAGUUUCUCACGAUGGACGGACUCGAUGAAGUUGCGAUUUGUACUCUAAAAGCUGCUAACAUUGGGGAAGACAUUUUACCAACUCUCACACGGGAUGAUAUACGAGAUCUCUUUCCUGGUCCUGAGCACUUCCUGCGACGCAAAGCCAUUUGGCUUAUUGUUCAUAAGGAAGAACAGGAGCACACCAUUCCUGUUGAACCCCAAGGUUCAUCAGCUGAUGAUGAACAUAAUGGAAGUCCAAAAAGAGAUGACCCCAGCACUUCAAAGUUUUUGAAGUUACCCAGCCCAGAAUACGUUCUCUUCACUGAUAGUGAACUACAACAUGUGAGACGUGCAUACUUCGAGCAGCAACGUCUUGGAAAAGAGGGUGAAGUCACCUUAUCAAAGGAGCUCUUCUGCCGACUCAUCCGAAAUACCAUGACAAAUAUGAUAUCUAUUGCAAGAGCCUCUUCAGAUGACUACAAAUAUCCCACUAAACAUGAAGUUAUUGCCAUGGCAAAGCGGUUAGUGGAAUACUACCCUAUGAUAAAAGAUAAGUCAACUGGAUCAAGUCAUGAGUGGGACACUGUUGCCAAAAAGCUCUUGAAGCGACUUUCAAAUAUCCGAAGUCCUGUGAAGGCCAAACACCCUCCAUCCAAGAGAGUACGUCUGAAUGAAGUACCAUCUGCUGCAGUGGCAAGUGACUAUGAUGCUGAUUCCAGUGCAUCAACAGUUCAUCUGUCACCACCUUCAAGAUCAAGCACCCCACAGCAAGAAAAUGACAGCAUUGAUGAAGCAUGUAUGUACAUUACCAUUUACAAGAAAAUUCACAAGUAUAGUAUUUGCACCGACGGUCCAGACAACAGCCUUGACAGCCAGAAAACACAGGCACGACAUUACAGGACUCUACAAGAAAUGUACAAAGCAAAGAAGCCAAACAAAGCUGCUGUAACUCAUCUAUUAGACCUGGAGUUCCAGUCCAGAAGAAAUUUCAUUGACUCAAAUGCUUUGAAGGAGCAAGACCGACCCACAAAAAUUUUACAGGCAUACCCGUGCUUCAAAGAACUGGACCAUGUAAUGGAUGAACUGCGGAGAGUCAUUGAGCCAAACAAUAGCCAAUACACUUCUGAGGUGAAAGGCAGGUGGGAGAACUUCUACUCCAAGGUUCAGUUUUAUGGCGUCAUGAAGAAAGUCAUGAAGCCUCCAAGGACAUUAAAUGGAGUUGAACAUGCCAUUGCAGUUUUUACUGCCCUGCCACUGCUCUUCCCAUCUGGCUCUGCAGCACCCAAGAAACUGGUCCCAAUCAGUGAGGCUCUUUUCCACGUCCUCACGCCCUCUGAGGAUCCUGAUACCUACAUCCACCGGCGUGUGCUUUCUAGUCCUGUCUUGCUGAUUGGUGAGCAGAACUGCAUUGUGGUUGUAGGUACAACUCCAGUUGUAACUUUUGAGAAAGAUUUGCUCUACGAGGGACCUCUCUACCUCCUGGCCUAUUACUAUGCAUUUCACCUGACAUAUCCCAAGUGUAUUGCCACACUCUUGUCUGUGUUACAAACACAAGUACUUGGAGAUGUCAUCCACGAGCAGGAUGCAACCUCCUCGUACAAGAAGGCCAUUCAUGAAUGGAAAAUGUUUGUUGAGUAAUUUCUUUUCUAACAUGUUGUAUGGCUAAGGCAGUGAGAGCCGCAGGUUUUUUUAUUUUUAGUUUUUUAUUUGUUUUGCACUUUAAUUGUGCUAUUUUUUAGUUUCUCCCAGUUUUCAGUACUGUUUAUUGAAUUUGCCAUAAAUGCAAUACAUUCAUUGAGUAAUUGCUGUUUGAGGUUAUAGUGAAUGCAGGUUAUAGACUGAUGCUAUCUCUUUGUGCAGAACAUUUGCUGUUGAUGUGUGUGUGUGUGUGUGUGUGUGUGUGUGUGUGUGUGUGUGUGUGUGUGCGCGUUUACAUUUGUGACAUAUCAGGACAAAAUUAUGAAUACACACCAACAAAGUCAGGACAUGGGUAGAUGUCAGGACGAAAAUCAAUGUCCUCAUUUUUCUGAGCAUACUACAGUGUUCUACAGCCUCAAAUAUAUAGCUGGAGCAAAAAUCUCUGUAGGCCAAAAUUGUCACAAUUUUUUGAAAUCAUCUGUGUAAGUGUGUAUCACAUUUUUGCUCACUCACUGAUACGCCAACUAUGGGACGUGUGAGGUACUGCGCUAAACGUUUACACACACCGGAAGUGACAUCAACAUUUCACCUAAUAAAAAAUCAGUUAGGAAAUCGAAAUACCUCACUAUCUUGCCAGUGGUUGAAUAUAAAUAUAUAGUGCGUCUGCCAGCACUAACACCAGAGUAACACAGUAAACAGUUCUAAAGAAAUACAAUUAUCUGACUUGAUAUUUGGAUGAAUGUUGUUACAAGCUAGCUCACGUUAGCAGACUUUUGCUAGCUCAAGAGUCUCUACACAAGCUGGCUAAAUGCAUAGCUAACCACAUCCACUGAGCCAGUUAUGUAUCGGGGUGGGCGAUCUGGCGAUUUUAUAUCAUGAACGAUCUUGAAGACGUCCACAAUCUACUUUUCAAGCGAAUAGUAGAAAUCGCGAUCUUUUUUGUCCUCGUAAUAGCGGGACUUUUAUUUUGAAGGUGCGGAGACCGCCUGAUCACACAGCUCACAGCCUUUGUGUUUAAUAGUGUACGGUCUCUGUUUAAUAGUCAAAUCAUAUACAUUAUUAGAUAAAUCUGUCAACAUUUAAUUUCACAUACCUUGCAGAUAUAAUCGAAAGCAGCUGUCAGAUAUUCUGAAGUGUGCAUUAGUAGCCUGUAUGAAGGUGAUUACUGUGAGUGACGUACAGUCCGAGUGAAUUAGUUCAGCUUCCCUAAACACGAUCCACAAACUCAACCCUUGAUCUAAACUAAGCGCUAUAUUCAUUGUGUGCUGAAUCUAAAUCUAGUCUUGCCUCGUCUGUAUUCGAAAAAAAAAAACGUGUUUCCCAGUGCUUACAAACUUACUGAAUGUCCUAGUUGGCUUUUAUUCGAUUAUAAUUUUUUAAAAACAAUUUCUUUAUAUGUGAAAAAUACUAUAUUAUUAAUAUUAUGGAUGCAGAAUCAAAAAGUUAGAAAGUAUAUAUAUACACACACACACACACACAGUGGCUUGCAAAUGUAUUCAAAAUGUACCCCCUUGAUGUUUCCACGUUAUGUUCCUGCCUUAUGUAAAACUGCUUUAAAUUACUUUUUUCCAUAUCAAUCUUUUUUUAAAAAAACAUAGUUAAGUACAUAAAAACAUAAAUAGACUAAAUACAAAACCGAUUCCAAAAAAGUUGGGACACUGUACAAAUUGUAGUAAAAAAGGAUGGAAUAAUUGACAAAUCUCAAACUUAAGAAUAUAGAUAACAUAUCAAAUGAUGAAAGUGAGACAUUUUGAAAUGUCAUGCCAAAUAUUGGCUCAUUUUGGAAUUCAUGAGAGCUACACAUUCCAAAAAAGUUGGGACAACAUAUGCUCCCA